GAACAACGGACCUGGAAGAGCCACCACAGCCUCAGAUCGCGGACCACAAAGUCCUUUCUCCCGCCAAUUUGGCCCUCUGACCUCCGACUUCUGAUUCGUAGCACUACUCUCCGCCUCCGGAAUUCCGGGAAUUUGUCCUGGGGCCUCAAGAAGCCGCUGUUUUUGAAAAAUGAUUCCCACCGAGGCAAGAAGACAUGUGAUAUAGCCAGUAAAAUGCAUUCGUGUGCAUCUAUGUAUGUUUUAUAUCUAUUUUAAAGGUUGAUAUGUCGGACCUCUCCCCAGAGGAGCAAUGGAGGGUUGAGCACGCACGCAUGCAUGCCAAGCACCGUGGCCAUGAAGCCAUGCACGCUGAAAUGGUCCUCAUCCUCAUCGCUACUUUGGUGGUGGCCCAGCUGCUUCUGGUACAGUGGAAACAGAGGCACCCCCGCUCCUACAAUAUGGUGACCCUCUUUCAGAUGUGGGUUGUUCCCCUCUAUUUCACAGUGAAGCUGCACUGGUGGAGGUUCCUAGUGAUCUGGAUCUUGUUCUCUGCUGUCACAGCUUUUGUCACCUUCCGAGCCACCCGAAAACCUCUAGUACAGACAACCCCAAGGUUGGUUUAUAAGUGGUUCCUGUUGAUCUAUAAAAUCAGCUAUGCCACAGGCAUUGUUGGCUACAUGGCUGUCAUGUUUACCCUCUUUGGUCUCAAUUUAUUAUUCAAGAUCAAACCAGAAGAUGCUAUGGACUUUGGCAUUUCUCUCCUCUUCUAUGGCCUCUACUAUGGAGUUCUUGAGCGAGACUUUGCAGAAAUGUGUGCAGACUAUAUGGCGUCUACCAUAGGGUUCUACAGCGAGUCGGGCAUGCCUACCAAACACCUCUCGGACAGUGUGUGUGCCGUGUGUGGGCAGCAGAUCUUUGUGGAUGUCAGUGAAGAGGGCAUCAUCGAGAACACAUAUAGGCUGUCUUGCAAUCAUGUAUUCCACGAAUUCUGCAUCCGCGGCUGGUGCAUUGUGGGAAAGAAGCAGACAUGUCCUUACUGCAAAGAGAAGGUGGAUCUCAAGAGGAUGUUCAGCAACCCCUGGGAGAGGCCUCACGUCAUGUACGGGCAACUGCUGGAUUGGCUUCGAUACUUGGUAGCCUGGCAGCCUGUCAUCAUUGGCCUGGUGCAAGGCAUCAACUACAUCCUGGGCCUGGAAUAGUCAGGAAGAAGAGCAUCUACCCACUAUGGACCUCAGGGCACUCUCCUCCCUGCCCUCCAAGACCUCCUGGGUGGGAAAGACUCAAAGGGGCACUUGGGCCACUCAGGACCCCUCCGGCUGUGUCCGGGCUGGGGAGGGAGACGAUGGAGAGCCAGCCAGUGGGGCUGUCAGCAGUGGGGGCUUUUUAAAAGAAUACUAUUUUGAUGAAUAUAUUUAAAAACCUUUUUUAUUGUGGAGCAUAGGAAUUGCCCCAACUCCUCCAGGCCUUACCCUCCUUGCUUGAGCAGGGUGGGAGCAGAGACACAACAUUUUUGGUUUAAAGGAGCCUUCUCAUCUCUGGCUGAGAGCCUCAGCCAAUCCCACCCCCAUCUUUCCUUCCUUCUGUGGGGCUCCAGUCUGGUUCGCUCAGUGUGGGAGAGCCAAUGGGCUCUGCCUGGUGCCACAGAUGUGCACUGAGGGGUGAGGUAUCUUCCCUCCUCCCUGUCUGGGCCUGGGAUCGGUAUUGUGUCUGACUCUGUCUUCCCUUGUCCAGGUCCCAUAGACUGGUUGAGGCAAGUGGAACCUUGUGACUUUUCUAGUGAGAGAAGCCCUGGAACCUCGUAAUCCAUUGAGGAUGUGUUUGGGGGCAACCAGAAACAGCAGCAGCUUGGGUAACCUGCCCCCAAGCUGGGCUGUACUCAGCCAAGAACAGAGUCUAUCCAUAUGUAGUUGGGCCACGGGGACUGCUAUGGGUGGCAGUGAUUGAAGGCCCCUUAUGUGAACAGAACCUUUAGCCCGGAAGUGGUGACACGUGCCAAAGGCUACCCUGCCACAUCACUCACUUCCUUCCCUGAAUGCCUGAGAGAGAGUAUGUGCGUCUGUUUGUGUGUAGCAGAAGGACUAUGACAGUUAAGACUCCUCCCUGUCGUCAGACAGUGUUCCCUUGAAGCAGCCAGGGGAUUCCCAGCCCAGGGAAUGUCCCUCUGUCAGCUUCCACGUUCAUGGGGCCUACCCGGGCCUGGCAACAGGAGUGAAGGUGGGUGGGAAGAGAAGUGGGCAAGGCCCAGGCAAGGGAUCUAAAAACAGGUUCCAGGUAGGCCCUAGCUCUGGCCCUAGGAGUUCUGAAGGAAGUGGGAGGGUAAACGUGGGCCCUCAGCACUGGGUUCCUAGGGAAUGUGGCCCAGCUGGGCUUGCAUCUUCAAGCACAGCAAGAGCCAAGCAGGAUCUUGUCACUCCAUUCUGAAUAAAGCUCCGUGAGCUGGGUUGGAAAGCUGAA